UGUAAACACUCACAGUGCUGUACUACUGCCCUCUGUAUUUCGCUGAGCCAGAACAUAAGUAGCUCAUUAACUUUUAACAGCGUUUUAAAAAGUAGCGUUAGCAUAAUGUAGCUAGCUCCAGCACUACUACAAAACAAGGGAGCUGGUUAACCUGUUGCACAAAUACAAUAUUCUGUAAACGUUACGUUAAAAGGUUAAUUUAGUUCAUGUUUACAGUUGUCCCAGUUGGACAUGGAUGAGCAGGACACAGCGGCGAUUCUCAGCGAUGUCCUGGACACCGGAUCAACCGACGAAGAGACGUCGACCACCGGCUCAUCUGGGCUCAAAGACGAGCCUGAGGUCGGCGUUAGGUCCGUCCGACCACCGUUCGCAUGUACGCAUCCGGUGUCGGUGGAGCCAGUGUUGUUCCUGUCCAUGUUCUCCCUGACCCUACAGGCGCCGCUGUCCACCCAGUAUCUGUGGGACCGGAUCAGCGAAGACCUGGGCUACAACGGAUCCAGGACGGACGAGUGCGGUAACAGCUCCGUCCGCCCAGACCCCCUACAGAAGGAGGUAGAAACCUUAACAGCACACUGGAACCUGUACCUCAGCCUGGGGGGCUUUUCUCUGAGCCUGCUGGUGGUGCCUCUCCUGGGCUCAUGGAGUGACAUGGCAGGUCGCAGACCAGUCUUCAUCAUCCCCAACCUUGGCAUGGCACUCCAGGCAAUUGUUUACCUAGUGGUGAUGUAUCUGAAGCUGCCCGUAGCCUACUUUCUUCUGGGCAGAAUGCUGAGUGGUCUUUUGGGUGAUUUCAAUUCCAUCUUGGCUGGGUGCUUUGCAUACAUAGCUGAUGUCAGUGACAGAAGGUCUCGCACCUUCAGGGUGGCUGUGCUGGAGGCCUGUUUGGGCCUUUCUGGGAUGCUCGCCAGCAUCAUAGGUGGUCAGUGGCGGCGGGCACAAGGGUACAUCAAUCCAUUCUGGCUGGUGCUGGCCACCAGCUUGGCAUCAGCUCUCUACUCUUACCUGUUGGUCCCUGAAUCUGUAACUAAAGACCCAAGUGCCAGACUCUUCACCUCACGCCACCACAAAGCCGUCUGGCACCUGUACUCAACAGGAGGCAGUGUCGGCGAGACUGGUGGACGACUACACAGGUGCAAGUUGUGGCUUUACACACUUUGCUUCUUCGUGGUGGUGGCUGUACAUUUCGGCAGCCGGGAGCUGUAUGUGUUGUACGAGCUGAGCUCUCCGCUGUGUUGGGGGCCUGCCCUGAUUGGCUAUGGCUCAGCAGCUCAACACUUGGCCUACCUGAGCAGUCUGCUGGGGCUGAAGGUCAUGCAGCGCUGCCUGCAGGACUCCUGGGUGGCUCUUGUGGGUCUGGUCUCUAAUAUUACAGGGUUGGUGGUCUUCUCUGUAGCUGACACCACCCAGCUCAUGUUCACAGGUUACGGCCUGUGUUUCCUCUUCAUGGCUGCAACACCUGUGCUCAGGUCAAAGCUGUCUAAGCUGGUGGACCCAUCAGAACAAGGUGCCCUUUUUGCCUCUGUUGCUUGUGUGGAGAGCCUGUGUUUUCUGGUGGGCAGUAGUGUCUUUAACUCUCUCUACCCAGCUACGUUGCACUUUAUGAAGGGCUUCCCCUUCCUAUUUGCUGCCAUCAUCCUGUUAAUCCCCACAGGAAUCAUUAGUACCCUAGAGUGUUUGGACCAGAGGAGACAUCGCAGAGAUUCCACAUCGUCUUGACCUGAAGAGAGGAGUCUGUGAAAGUCAGGUUUAUCAGUUUGUAAAGGACUCUUGGAGACAAUAUGUCCAUUUGUGUUGAUGGGAGAGACUUUUAAUAUCAGUACACUGAUUGGGAACUCUCCAGUGGUAAUGAAGUCACAGAAAUAAUUCCUCCACUUGUCACUGUGGAUAGUUCCAGACCAGAGGAUAAAAAAUCAACUGGAAUAAAGGACAGCUAUUUCAUCAUUAAAUUAAGUUAUACAAUGAACAAAGAGUUCUUUUCUAAGGGAUUUUUAAAAAUUUGAAUUACAGUAUAAUUGAGGGGUGUCAAAGAUUGUGCCUUCUAUUUUCUUGUUCACUUCAUUUACUACAGUUGAUCGUGCUGGCCACACGGAAAUUUCAGCUACACAGUAUCAAGCAAAGAUUCAUCAUUUAAAGUACUGUACGUUAGAGGAGCCUUCAUUAAUGGCAACUUUACAAUCUGUUCUGCCCAGAUGUAUUACAGGAUUAGACAAACAGUUUAGUCUAUUACAAUAAUAUGAAUUCACUGACAUAGGUUUUGUUUUUAGAGAUUGUUAUUGCAAUAGUGACUAAGUCAGUUAUUUAUAACUUGACUAGAAAUAUGCAAAUUUCCAUCCUUCAGUAUGAUUGUUGUACAGUAGGGCUGAACAAUAUGCAAAAAUUAUUGAAUUAUAUUGCAGCUGUUUUGACACAUCUCGGGACUGUAUGUGAAUUUUUUAUAUUUCACAUUUACAGCAGAAAAUCGAAUAUUUUAAAGACGUUUUUGCUGGGGACUGUACCGAAUAACCAGGCACAUGUUCCCUUGUAUCUGAUUCCUGAUUUGUAUACAGGGCGUCUGUGUACCGUGUAAUGGGAUGUCAUUUUACAUUUAUCAAAAAAAUUGCAUCUCCUGCAAGUUAUAUAAUGUACUUGGACAAAUUUCAUUUCCAUAAUAUUUUGAUCAGUUGUUCAGCUCGAUAUUACAGUCGCUGGUUCAGACUGUGAAGAGUUUCUGAAAAUCGGAGUGUUGAAGUUUGUUAGUGUAAUUAGUAUGAAGCACACUCUCUGGUUUAUGUCUCUAAAUGUUAAAUGUUAUGUACGACUUUGAAGCGGACUAUAAAACCAUCUUGCAGUGAAGCCAAAACUAGAGAGUCAUCUUAUUAUGGCUUCAUGCUGUAUAUCGAUCAAUGACUCACAGUCAAACAUGCUAAAACCUGACUGUUGGUAAUCCACUGCAGAGACUGAAACCAUCCUGGCAUCCAGGGAUUACUGAGUUACAACUAGACCUCACUCCCCCCUCCUCCUCCUGUCUCUAAAACAGACAGAUGUGUCCAAACUCCCUGAAGGACCUCCACUACUACCACCACAGUAAACACCAGAUAGUCCCACAGCACAAGACCACAAUCAGUGCAUGAACAGAGGUCAAGUCCUGGUUGCAGAAUGAGGGAACAAGAGCUGCCAAACCAGCCUUAAAAUGCUCAAAGGGAAAUCUAGAGGUUAACUGAGGUAUUUAUUCAGAUACUGUGAACUGAUCUACAUGAACAUACAUUUAUGCUGACACUGAGCUACAGCCAGUAUACUUUAAUUUCACUAUUGCUUUGUGAUAUUUGUGAUAGAAUUUACAUUUCACUCUCAGGUUUAAAUGAAAGAUUUUCACUUUGAAUUUUCAACACUUUUUUAUCUUGUUUGAAAUAAAAAUAUAAUGGUAACAAAUUAAAUUCUGUGUAACAAAAUAAGUAAGCCAAUGCAUACAAAAAACAAGCCAAAUCAAGACUAAAUACUUGCAGUUGUUUGAAGACAGUAUGCAUAUAUUUAUGUGUAAUGUUCCUGUGUAACUGUCCUG